AUGGCGCCUCGCUCUAAACGUCAAAAAGCUACUUCAAAUAAGACACGUCAAAGUGGAUCAUUCACUAAAUCAGAUAGCAGUAUAGAAAACAGGCUGCAAGAUGUUGCGACAAACGAAGUUACUUUCAUCGAUGAACAAGAAGACUGGGAGUUACUUGGAUUGACAAGAGGCGAUCUUUAUCGAAUUAAUACUGCAGUUAUCCCAUCCCCAGGAACUGACUCAAAUACUCUUGAACGUACAAGGGUGGAUGGAGCUGAUGAUUAUCUGAAUGAUCAUCGCUAUCAUGGUAAUUCGCGUACUACCAACUGGCGGAAACGUAAGGAAAACGAGAAGGCCACUUCAAAUAUGCCAGACCAAGAAGUCACUGAUCAACAAAAGCUACAGCUAGCGUAUGACAAACUUAAGACGGAGACCAACCCUGAUAUCUCAAGCACAUCCGAGUUCAAUAUGAGACUUGCUUUCGAAACCGCUAGACUGAACUCGGUCAAGUUCUACUUACAGUUUCGAAUCUAA